AUCCAGCGCAAACUCCGCGAACACCUCCACGAUGGCGUACCAAACCCUCUGGCUCAAGAAAGUCAUCAUCCCAUUCUGGGUGGUGCAGACGCUCGCUGCCUUGGUCUACCUGGGUUUCGCUGCGUGGAAUAUUGUGCUGAUCAACCAAUAUCUCGAGGACGACGAUGACUACUACUACCCCUCGUCCUAUUCCUCGUCAUAUUCUUCUGAGGAGGACACAUACUCGGGAUUCCUCUACGUCGGUGUUGGCAUCGCCCUCGGCCUUGCCGCGCUCACUGCCUUGUUCAACAUUAUCGAGAUGAUCCUCUUCGCUGUGAAGAAGCUCAGUCCCGUGACGGUGGUGGUGUUCAACAGUAUCAAUACAGCCAUUUGGACGGCCAUGUUGAUGCUGCUCAUCAUUGCAUCGAUUGUGCGCAAUUCAAUAGGCGAUUGGAUUCUCGUCAUCAUCCUCUUCUUGACCAGCCUCGGCAAGCUGAUCUACAGCUCCGUCAUGCUCCACCGUCGGCGCCGCGGCCGAUUUGCGCAUCGCGGAGAAUACACACCAGCAGCCCGUGAAGCCGACACCAGCUACCAUCCCACAAGCUACGGCGGACCUACUCCAGAGAUCAGUCAGAGCACUCAACCUGGUGGUGCAGCGCAUGGGUACUACUCCCCUGCCAGCGUCGGAGCUCGCGGAUGAUCGUUGCCUGGGAUUACGAAUCGAGAUGCCGGGAUAUUGGCAUCGUGGUCGACAAGCAAGACGAAGCGGUGGUUGAGCGAUGAAGCCGCAUUGGACCGGCGUUAAAAACAGGGACCUUUGCUUUCUUUUUGAUGAGGUGUACAAAGG